AGGUGGGCGGCGCCGAGCUGGAGCGCUGGCGGGACUCCGCCGUCCUCCUCGACAGCGUCGAGGCUGAGCUGGAGCUGCUGCACGCGCGGCUGUCCGGGGCGCGGCGGCGGCGCGGCGGGGCGGAGGAGGAGUGGGCCGCCGCCGACUGGCGGCGGCGGUCGUCGCUGCGGGACGCCGAGGCCGCAGCCGCCUCGGCCGCCGCCCUCGGUGCCGCGCGGGAGGCUGAGGCAGAGGCCCGGGGCCGCGAGGAGGCGGAGUUCCGAGGCCGGGCCGAGGAGCUGGAGGCGGGCGCAGAGGCGGCUCGCCGCGCCGCGGCGGCCGCCGCGGAGGAGGACGGGCGGCUGGCGGACGCGCUGCGGAGGGAGGUCGCCGAGGAGGAGGCGGAGUGCUCCCGCGCCCGGGCCGAGGCCUCCGCGCAGGCGGGCACCCGGGCGCAGGCGCGGGCCGCCAGCCAGGCAGAGGAGGCCAUGGGCGCCCUGGAGCGAGCCGAGGCCCGCGGCGCCGAGCUCGAGGAGGCGCGGUCGUGCUUGAAGGAGGAGCUCGGCACGCUGCGCUUCUCUCUGAAGGACAUGAAGAGCUUCCAGCACCGCCGCACUCAGGAGCUCGAGGGGCAGGUGCAGAGGCUCGAGCGGCAGCGGCGGAACCUGGAGAAGGAGCAGGCUGCGCGCCAGAAGAGCGAGGAAUCCGCGGAGGCGAGCGGCGUGGAGACGCAGCUCCGCCGCCUGCAGCAGCUCAACGCGCGGCUGACUUCCCAGGCCCGCGAGGCGAGGGUCGAGUGCGGGCUCUGGGAGCGCCAGGCCGCGGAGACCCGCGCAGAGCAGAGCGAGCUGCUGCGCGGCGGGCGGGAGGAGUCCGAAGAGCGAGACCGGAUCAGCCUGGACGAGCAGCUGGACGAGAUCUCGGAGAAAGAGGGGCUGCUGCAACGGGACAAGAUCAGGCUGAGGAACAAGGCCAUGAUGCUCCAGAAGCAGGUGACGGUGCUGGACACGACCUGCUUCCAGAUGGAAAGCCAGCUGGAGGAGGUUGAGGCGGCGCU